AUGACUAAUGGACUCUCAAACCCUCGAAAUCAUGCUUCUAGCUCGAGUGCAUCUACUAAAGCUGAAAAACGAAAAGAGUAUCAAAAAAGAUACUAUGCUGCACGCAAAGAAAAUAACAAAGUAUCUAAAUUUGGGAGUGGUGAUGCCCCCCAAAGUGCUUCAUCAAUAUCUUUAAUGAAUAAUAGGUCAACAGAAAGGACACCGUUAAGAAGUUUACAAACUAAUAUUACUCAAUUUCUACAAACAACAAAUGAGAACGCCUCAAGUGUUUCUACUACAAAAUGCAAGGAGUACAAUGAAGGAUGUUCUAAUACACCAAACGAUAAUGGAAUGCGUAUUUCAAAUGGCAGUCAAGUCAACCAAACCCCGAUAGAUGAUGUAAUUGACGUAGUCAGGCAUAGAACAUCACGAGGUAUUCAAAUUCAUCCGCGUACUUUAUUACCCCAAUUUGCUGAAGUAGUUGAUCAACCUUCCCUCCAACAUGGGAGCGUAGAAGAUGAUCCUUAUAAUUUUGUUUACAAUGGUGUACCUGGAGAGCAUCGUGUUUUAAAGGAACGAGGCGCAUGUCCUAAUUGUGGAGCAAAACGAUUUCAAUUUGAAUUUGAUACCUUUUGUUGUAUGAGUGGGAAAACCGUGUUAGCAAACUUAGAAAUUCCAGAGGAAUUGUACCGACUUUUCACGUCUCAAGAUGAAAUUGGAGAUUUGUUUAGGCAAAACAUCCGUGCUUAUAACACCAAUUUUUCUUUUGCCUCAAUGGGUGUGACAUUGGAUGAUACAUUGAACAAUAUGAGAGACGGCGUAUAUACUUUUCGUGCACAUAAAGGAAUAUAUCACAGAAUCGACCAAUUAGUUCCGAGGGAUGGGACUCCUAGGUACUUGCAGUUGUAUUUUUACGAUCCUGAUACUGAGUUAGAUCACAGACUCCGAUGGCCAAAUCUUGAUCGGCGUAUUACUCAGAUUUUAACACGCGUUCUUUCUACAAACCCAUAUGUCGAUACAUUUAGAAGACUUGCGGAACUAGGACCUCUGGACAACUAUAGAGUCACUUUGAAUACUUCGGUUGAACUUGACCAAAGGGUGUACAACCGACCAACGACAUCGGAGGUUGCUGGUAUUUGGGUUGAAGGUAAUGACAAUAUCACUUCGUAUAAACGAAGUAUUGUAGUGUACGGUAGGUCUGAAUAUAGACAAACUAUUCAGCCGUACUUCAGUUGUUACGAUCCAUUGUCGUAUCCUUUAUUUUUUCCUAAUGAGGCUAACACACGAAGUGGUAGAACAACCGUGGCUAUGCGAGAGCUGCUACAGCAGUUUGUGGUUGAUGUUUACAUCAAAAUUGAGACGUCACGCUUAGAAUUUUGUGAGAGAAACCAGGAAAAAAUUCGAGCCGAAUUGUACCAAGGUAUUGUAGAUUGCGUCAAUACUGGCGAGGUUCAUGCAAACAGAGUCGGGAAAAGAAUUGUGUUGCCUGCAUCUUUCAUCGGGGGGCCUCGCGACAUGCGACGUCGGUUUCUAGAUGCGAUGACGUUAGUUCAAGACGACGGCAAGCCUGAUGUAUUCCUUACAAUGACAUGUAAUCCUAAGUGGCCUGAGAUAUGUGAUAACUUACAUGUUGGUCAAACUGCUACAGAUCGUCCAGACCUUGUUUCAAGAGUGUUCCGGGCUAAAUUAGAAGAUCUUAAGGAUCAACUCUUCAAGAAACAUGUCCUCGGGGAAGUUAAGUCAUACGUCUAUGUCAUUGAAUUUCAAAAGCGGGGUUUGCCGCACGCACAUUUUCUCCUAAUCAUGUACCCGCAACACAAGAUCAAUAACGCGGACCAUUAUGAUAAGGUUGUGUGUGCUGAAAUUCCUAACAAACUAACACAUCCCAGAUUGCAUGAGAUGGUUGUCAAGCACAUGAUUCACGGUCCUUGCGGCAAUUUACGAUCAAGCAGUCCUUGUAUGCAGGGUGAUCCUAAAAUUUGUCGUUUUCACUAUCCUAGACAAUUUAACGAACAGACGACACAAGGAGAAGAUUCGUAUCCGUUGUAUCGAAGGAGAGACACCGGGAUAGAAGUGGACCUACGAGGACAAACACUUGAUAAUAGAUGGGUGGUCCCAUAUAACCCAAGGCUUUUGAUGAUGUUUAACUGCCACAUGAAUGUUGAAGUUUGCUCAAGUAUAAAAUCUGUGAAAUAUCUUUUCAAGUAUGUUUAUAAAGGACAUGACAAACAGGUUAUUCAAGUCGAUCAAAGUGAGCCAGGGGUUGUUAUUAAUGAGAUAAAAAGAUUUCAAGAUGCACGCUACAUAUCGCCCCCAGAGGCUAUGUGGCGAAUUUUUUCCUUCUCUCUUUCUCAAAUCUUUCCUGCUGUUCUAGCCUUACAACUUCAUCUCCCAAAUAAUCAGAUGGUUAGAUUUAGAGAUGAUGACUUGAUGCCUAAUAUUGUUGAUAGGGAAAGGGAUAAGAGAACCAUGCUAACAGCAUUUUUUGAUCAGAAUAGAAACGAUGAAACAGCAAGGGUACAUUUGUAUAAAGAUUUUCCAAAACACUAUACUUGGAAUGGAAGCACACGCCGUUGGAGUCGUCGUUUCGGUAAAAAACAAAGAGGUCGUAUCGUUUCCGCUAAUCCAGCCGAAGGAGAAAGGUACUACUUACGCCUACUUUUGUCAAAUGUCAGAGGGCCUACUUCUUUCGAACAUCUUUGCACAGUUAAUGGUCAACGGUGUGCGACAUUUCGGAAAGCAGAUCUUGAGUUAGGCUUAAUAGAAGACGAUGAAUAUCUAUCACAAUGUCUCGAAGAAGCCUCUACGUUUCAGUUUCCCAAUGCUCUUAGAAGGUUAUUUGCGACCAUAAUGAUUUUUUGCCAACCUGGAGAUAUUCGAAAGUUAUGGAAUGACCACUUUGAUUCACUAUCUGAAGAUCAUCGGUUACACUGUCAAAGUAUAGAACGAGUUCAAAAUAUGGUUCUUACCGAAAUAAGUGUCUUGGUACAAUCCAUGGGUAAAAAUUUCAAUGAAUUCGACCUUCCUAAGAUAACUGACGAUGUUAACUUACAAGAUGCAGGUUAUCGUGAGUUACAAGAAGAGUAUGGGAUUGUUUUGGAACCUGAACACUUGAGUGCCAAACAUUCACUUAAUCCGGACCAAAAAAAUGUGUUUGAUGAGAUCAUGAUGCAUGUUGAUAAUGAUCUUCCAGGCGUGUUCUUUAUUGAUGGUCCAGGUGGAACUGGAAAAACAUUUUUGUACAUUGCCUUGCUUGCUGAAAUUCGGUCACGUGGUCUUAUUGCUCUCGCAACAGCUUCAUCAGGUGCAGCGGCUAAUAAUAUGCCAGGAGGUAGAACGGCUCACUCGAGAUUCAAGAUUCCUCUUAAUCUUGAAAAUAAUUCAAUGUGCAAUAUUAAAAAACAGAGUGGGGCCGCUAAACUGAUUCGCUCUGCCAAAAUAAUCAUAUGGGAUGAAGCGUCGAUGGCUAAACGACAAGCGAUAGAGGCAGUCGAUCGUACAUUCCAAGACAUUAUAGGUGUUAGUCUCCCAUUUGGUGGAAAGAUAAUGGUUAUGGGAGGUGACUUCAGACAGGUGUUGCCGGUUAUCAAACGUGGCACUCGAGCACAGAUUGUAGACUCCAGCGUACGAAUGUCACCUCUUUGGUCUUUGACUAAGAAGAUGCGGUUGACCAUAAAUAUGAGAGCGCUGAAAGAUCCAUGGUUUUCUAAAUUUCUUUUAAGAGUCGGCGAUGGAACUGAAGAACCAAUCGAAGGAAACUAUAUCCGCAUACCCGAUGACAUGACAAUUCAGUGCAACAACAGAGAAAACGCUAUAAAAGAAUUGAUCCAUGCCAUCUUUCCAUCAAUUGAAGAUAAUGUAUAUUCUUCAGAUUAUAUAAUCUCUAGAGCAAUAUUGUCCACUAAAAAUGAUAGUGUUGACGAGAUUAAUAAUCAAAUGAUUGAAAUUUUUCAAGGGGAUGAAAAAGUUUAUUACAGUUUUGAUGAAGCUGAAGACGAUCAGCGCAACUUCUAUCCGGUCGAGUUCUUAAAUUCGCUAAAUUCGGUCAACAUGCCGGAAAAAGAGUUUUUUUGCCAAGAAUCCCUCUAA